GCAAACCAAAGCAGCCCCCCCUAUAGGGUUGGAACGAGUGCGGCUUCACCCGGAACACAUGCUUCUUUUUGGCCUUUACUUUCGGGAAAGUACGGAUUUUUAGUUGAUAAAUACCGCUUCGUGAGUCCUGGAAAUGACGCAAAACAUCUCCAUUUGGAAAUGGUUAAGACCGGGUAUGCUCAAGAAAUGUUCUUGUGCAAUUACCUUAUUCAUUUGUAUGUGAAAAAUGGCGAUAUGGGUGAUGCACGUGACGUGUUCGAUGAGAUGCCCGACUGGAAUCCGGUUAGCUGGUCUAGUUUGAUCACAGGGUAUGCUCAGAAUGACAUGCCCGGUGAGGCGUGUGAGUGUUUUCGAAGGAUGGUGCGAUCGGGAUAUGUUCCUAACCAUUAUUCUUUUGGUAGUGCAUUAAGGGCUUGCCAGUCUUUAGGAGCUUGUGGUCUAAGGCUCUGUGGCGAUCCUGGUAACUAUGCUUGGCUUGUAUUUUGUGGCAUAGAAGCUAAAAAUUUAGUGUCUUGGAAUUCUAUCAUUUCCUUCUAUGCUCAAAGAGGAGAUUCUGCUCAUGCUUUCAAGCUUUUCUCCCGCAUGCAAACUGAGGAGCAGGUACUGGGAAGGAUUGAAAAAUCGGGAUUUUCCAAAGAUCUGUUUGUAAGCAGUGCUUUGGUAUGUAGUUUUGGAAGGCUAGGCUGUCUUGAUGAUGCAUUGAAGCUUUUCAAACAGAUGAGUGUGAGAAAUGCAGUGUCCAUGAACGGCCUGAUGGUUGGACUCAUUCGCCUAAAGCGAGGAGAAGAUGCAGCUAAAGUUUUUGUUGAGGUGAGAGACCUUGUCGAAGUUAAUUAUUUCUCUUUAGUUGUUCUUUUGAGUGCUUUCCCUGAAUUCUCUCUGUUGGCCGAAGGAAAACAAAAAGGUAAAGAGGUACAUGCACAUGCUCUCCGAACUGGCUUGUGUGAUUCCAAGGUUUCUGUUGGGAAUGGUCUGAUUAAUAUGUACGCUAAAUGUGGUUCAGUUAAAGAGGCUCGUUCUGUUUUCAACCUCAUGGUUGACAAGGACUUAACGUCCUGGAAUUCUUUGAUCUCUGCUCUGGACCGAAGAUGGGAAGCGAAAUACAUUGUGAAGCAAUUAAAUUGGGACUUGACUUGGAUGUGUACAUUCAAUGAUUCUGAAGCGUCUGUUUUUGAAUCUAUAAAAUAUUUCAUAGAAAUGAUGCGUGCUGGGGGGAAUCCUAACCAAAUAACUUUCAUAAAUGUCCUUUCUGCAAUAUCGUCCCUUUCACUUAUUGGCCUUGCUCGUCAAAUUCAUGCUUUGGCUCUAAAACACAGUGUGGCCAAUGAUGUAUCCAUUGAAAAUGCAUUUCUUACUUGCUAUGGGAAGUGUGGUGAAAUGGAUGAUUGUGAAAAAAUAUUUUCCAGAAUGCUUGACAGGAGGGAUGAUAUGAGUUGGAACUCUAUGAUUUGUGGGUACAUACACAACGAGCUCCUAUCGAAGGCCAUGGAUUUGAUUUGGCUUAUGUUGCAUAACGGUCAGAGGUUAGACUGUUUCACCCUCUCUACCGUUCUAAGUGCGUGUGCCUCAGUGGCAACACUGGAGCGUGGCAUGGAAGUCCACGCUUGUGGGGUCCGAGCUUGUUUGGAAUCAGACGUUGUUGUUGGGAGUGCCCUAGUUGACAUGUACGCCAAAUGUGGCCGAAUAGAUUAUGCCUCAAAAUUUUUUAAACUAAUGCCACAAAGAAAUGUGUAUUCAUGGAAUUCUAUGAUAUCCGGUUAUGCAAGGCACGGAUGUGGACACGAAGCACUAGAGGUUUUUGAAAAAAUGAAGGCGGAAGGUCAACCGCCAGACCAUGUCACUUUUGUUGGUGUCUUGUCAGCUUGUAGCCACAUAGGAUUAGUUGAUCAAGGAUUUGAUUAUUUUGAAUUAAUGAAAAGUGAUUAUCAUUUGGCCCCACAGAUUGAGCAUUUCUCUUGCAUGGUUGAUCUCCUCGGGCGAGCAGGUGAGCUAGGUAAGAUUGAGAGCUUCAUCCAAAGAAUGCCAAUAAGGCCCAAUGCCCUCAUUUGGAGGACGGUUCUCGGGGCGUGCAGUCGAGUUGGCAGUCGUAAAAAAGAUCUUGGUAGGAAGGCUGCACAAAUGCUUAUGGAAUUGGAACCACAAAAUGCAGUGAACUAUGUACUUCUUGCCAACAUGCAUGCUUCUGGUGGAAAGUGGGAAGACGUUGCAGAGGCCCGGCAUGCCAUGCAGGAAGCAGAAGCCAGGAAAGAAAAAGGGUGCAGUUGGGUGAGCAUGAAAGAUGGUGUUCAUGUUUUUGUCGCGGGUGACAGAUCACAUCCAGAUACAGAUGCAAUAUAUGUAAACCUCAGGGACUUGCACAGAAAGAUGAAGGCUGCAGGGUACGUGCCGCAGAUAAAGUUUGCAUUGUAUGAUCUUGAUCUUGAGAACAAGGAAGAACUGCUGAGCUAUCAUAGCGAGAGGAUCGCGAUUGCUUUUGUUCUCACGCGCCCAAAAUCAGAACUCCCUAUUAGAAUAAUGAAAAAUCUCCGUGUUUGUGGGGACUGUCAUUCUGCUUUCAAGUACAUAUCCCAGAUUGUGGAACGGAAAAUUGUGCUCAGAGAUUCAAUCAGGUUUCAUCAUUUUGCUGAUGGGAAGUGCUCUUGUAAUGAUUACUGGUGAUCCAGUUUUGAAAUAAAGAAGAGGUGACAAGGAGAAAACAAUGAUGAAGAAUGAAGCCUAGAUGCACUCAAAUUAUGCUCUACUGGCCAAACAAGAAAUGUCCCAGAGUGCUCUGCUGAACUCAAGUAGGAUUAAAAUCAAAAGUGGCAAAAGAAGUAUGGGAACAGUUUUCCCGCCCAUUUCUAAAGCUACAGUAGCAACAUAGAUAAGGACCACAUAUCCUGUGAUGAAGCUUCCUGUGUACUAAUCUGUUUGGAGCAUUCAGUCCAUCACACAGAUGAUAUUUGAAGUGAAAUUCAUUACAAAUGCUAUCUCAAAGGAGGAGUUGCAGGUCCAAAAUUAGUUCCCAGUUUGACUAUUCUUUUGCAGGGUGGCAAAGAGUUCAUUCAAGCCCAAAAGAUCAUCUUUGGAUGAUGAUGAUGAUAAGUUGUCAAUAGAUUGGGACAAGGCCUGGUCUAGCUUCAAGAAGAAUGGGAAGAAGACGUUCUUCUCACAGUUUUCACCAGACAGGUAUGUGACCUGGAAUCCUACCCGUUCUAACUACCCGCCAUCUGAAGAAGUUGAUCCCAUCAAGAGAUCAGAGAAGUUGAACCUUAAUCUAUGGACCAGUCNUCUCAUACUAGUGUUUCUUCUGGUUUAUACCGUCGUUUUCCCACUGAAAUGAAAUGAUGUCUGGUUG